AUGGCUCAGCAUCUUCCAGGUUAUCCCUCGGAAUUGGAAGCACUCUUAAUCACUCAUCCUAGGGUCGCUGAAGCGGCUGUCGUCGCCAUUUCCGAUCAUGAAGCUGGCGAAAGGCCAGUUGCUUUCGUUGUUCUCGACAAGGACAAACCUGCGAGUACAAAGCAAAUCAUGGACUACGUUAAUGAACGCUGGUGCGAUACAAACGCCUGGCACAAGUGA